AUUUGACAAGUGUCUGUCUCUUGUCUUUUUCUAUUUUUCAAAGUCUUUUCUUUAUAUUUUCUUUCUUCACUCUCCUUCUCCUUCGACUCAACACCAAGUCCCAGAUGUAUAAAUAUUAAAGAAUGAAUAAUAUACGUGUUAUUUUUUAAUGUCUUAGAUGUUAACAGUCUUUUGCAAGAUACAAGUAAAAGAGACUCUAAUCUACAGUUGACAAAUUAGUAGUUGAUGGAGUUAGAUAGAGAAGAGUCCAGAGAAGAAGACAUUGAUAGCAUAUCUAUUUAGGGUUAUGGUUUCCACAAAUGGAAGGUUGGAUGCAUUAUUGUUGACCAGAUCUGACUACCUAUUUCGCUUUCACUACAUUUUUUUAGCUCAACCAUAAGUCAGCUGAAUUUGCUUCUACUUUUUGGGUAUAUUGAAUUUAAGGCAUGGAAAAUGGUCUAUUAAAACCCACCUUUCAUAUCACAAAAUUGUUCUUGAUAAGAGAAGAAGGUGAAACUUUAGUUGAAUAAUGACAGCUUGUGAGAUAUUAGAGGGGUUGGAGGGCAACUUUUUGCACUGCGUGGAUAGAGAUUUUGAUGAAGGAGAUGUCUACGGCAGUUGCAGUGCCAUUUAGAGCAAGUAAUUCAGUUUGUGAUAACCCAACAAUAGCUAUCCGUUUGGAUAUCAAAAGUCUUCAGCUGAUGGACGACACAGCGGACUUGUUAUCUAAUUCUGUAGCUAAGGUUUCUGCCCAGUCUGUUGUAUGUGGGCGUGAGAAUUUUAAUUGUAGUGAUUUGGGAAAUGAAAAUAGUAAUAUAGCAGGGGCGGUGACAGAAGAUGAGAAAGUGGGAAGAGUACCUUUGUUGGAUAUGAUAUCUGAAAAUAAAAACAAUGGGAUUGGUAGUGAUGAAGUGAUAAACCAGGAAUGUGAGGAAGAUGAUUCCUUAUCAUUGGAGGGGGAUCAGAUUCUGGAUAGCUGUUCACUUUCAGUGGCAAGUGAGACUAGUAGUUUAUGUGGAGAGGACUAUUUGGGUUUUGAGUCUACAUCUGAGGUAGGAACAUUGAGUUCAAUUGACAUUGAGAAGAGCAUUUGCAGUGUAGACAUUAUUGCUAAGGCCAAUGAUUUAGGGGAGUCUGUUGCGACUGAGAUAGUAAGUGAUGCUCUUGCUGUGCCUGUUACCCUUAAGGAAGAGAUUGGAGAUGGGCCCAACCAAAAGUCAUCUUCAAUUCUUCUUCAAAUGGCUUUCGAAAAAGGAGUGAGUGGAAAUAUCGGACGCAGUGUAUUUGAGGUGGCUUAUGUACCGCUUUGGGGAUUUACAUCUGUGUGUGGAAGGAGACCUGAGAUGGAAGAUGCUGUUGCAACAGUGCCUGAUUUUUUGAAAAUUCCUAUUCAAAUGCUAAUUGGCGACCAGGUACUCGAUGGCAUGAGCAAGCGUUUUCGUCAACAGACUGCUCAUUUCUUUGGUGUCUACGAUGGCCAUGGAGGCUUACAGGUUGCAAACUAUUGUCGUGAUCGUAUCCAUUCUGCUUUAGCUGAGGAGAUAGAGCUUGUUAGGAAGUGUCUGAGUGAUGGAAGUGUGAAGGAUAGUUGCCAAGAGCAAUGGAAAAAGACAUUCACCAAUUGUUUUAUUAAGGUUGAUGCUGAAGUUGGAGGAAAAGCAGGCCAAGAACCUGUUGCCCCAGAAACUGUUGGUUCUACUGCUGUUGUUGCCAUUAUUAGUGCAUCCCAUAUUAUUGUGGCAAACUGUGGAGAUUCAAGAGCAGUUCUAUAUCGUGGGAAAGAGCCCAUGGCUUUGUCUGUGGAUCAUAAACCAAAUCGAGAAGAUGAAUAUGCAAGGAUUGAAGCAGCCGGAGGUAAGGUUAUACAGUGGAAUGGGCAUCGUGUAUUUGGCGUUCUUGCUAUGUCAAGGUCUAUUGGUGAUAGAUAUUUGAAGCCUUGGAUCAUUCCUGAACCAGAAGUAAUGUUCAUUCCUAGAGCAAAAGAAGACGAAUGCCUGAUUCUAGCGAGCGAUGGCUUAUGGGAUGUCAUGACAAAUGAAGAGGCAUGCGAUCUGGCGAGGAAGCGAAUACUACUUUGGCACAGAAAGAAUGGUGUUACACUUUCAUCAGAACGCGGGAAUGGAGCUGAUCCUGCUGCCCAAGCAGCAGCAGAGUACCUCUCAAACCGUGCUCUCCAAAAGGGAAGCAAAGAUAACAUCACUGUAAUCGUGGUGGAUCUGAAAGCUCAAAGGAAGUUCAAGAGCAAAACGUGA